UCGACGUUGAUGACUUCACUUCUGGUGUGAACAGUCGCACCUAUCCGAAGAAAUUCAGUCAGUGCAGAGAGAAGUCUUCGUUUUUUUCCCAAUUAAACCGAGUCGCUUGUGCAGCGGGAAGCAAUUCAGCAAAGAAAAAGCGUAAUCAAAUCAAAACAUUCCAAUGGUGGUUGCGGUUAAAGUCUUCAAGAAAACAACACCGAAUGGUAAGGUCACCGUGUACCUAGGGAAACGCGAUUUCAUCGAUCACCUGACCCACAUCGAUCCCAUCGAUGGAGUCGUCGUCGUCGAGGAUGACUACCUCAAGGGCAGAAAGGUGUACGGGCAGGUCGUCUCGACCUACCGGUACGGCAGGGAAGAGGACGAGGUCAUGGGUCUCAAGUUCAGCAAGGAAAUGACGAUCGCGAACGGGCAGAUCGUGCCGGAUGCGAACGGCCGCAGCAACGAGAAACCCAACCUGACGCCGAUCCAGGAGAAGCUCAUCAAGAAGAUGGGCUCCACGGCGUACCCUUUCACUUAUCAGUUCCCGCAGAUGGCGCCGUGCUCGGUCACUCUUCAACCCGGUGAAGACGAUACCGGUAAACCGCUCGGCGUCGAGUACAGCAUCCGCAUCUUCGUCGGCGACAACGAGGAGGACAAGGGUCACAAGAGGAGUUCGGUGACGCUGGCCAUCAAGAAGUUGCAGUACGCGCCGAGCUCGCGCGGCCGUCGUCUUCCCAGCUCGCUCGUCUCCAAGGGCUUCACCUUCUCGAACGGACGCAUCAAUCUGGAGGUCACUCUCGACAAGGAGAUUUAUUAUCACGGCGAGAAGAUCGGCGCCAACGUCGUCAUCAACAAUACCUCGCGCAAAGCGGUGAAGAACAUCAAGGUCUACGUGGUGCAGCAUUGCGAGGUGACCAUGGUCAACGGGCAAUUCUCCAAGUACGUCGCAAGUCUGGAGACGCGCGAAGGUUGUCCCAUCACACCGGGCGCCUCCUUCACCAAGUGCAUCUACCUGGUGCCGGUCGCGUCCACUAAUAAGGAUCGCAGAGGCAUCGCCCUCGACGGUCACCUCAAGGAUGACGACGUCAACUUGGCCAGCUCCACGCUCGUCCCCGAAGGUAAAUGCCCUGUCGAGGCCAUCGGUAUCGUCAUCUCCUAUUCGCUACGCGUGAAACUCAACUGCGGCACGCUGGGCGGCGAACUCAGCACCGACGUGCCGUUGAAACUCCUCCAUCCGGCGCCCGGAAUGCUCGACAAGGAGAAGAGCCAGGCCCUCAAGAAGAUGAAAUCCAUCGACAGGGCCCGAUACGAGAGCAGCUGCUAUGCAAACGACGACGACGACAACAUCGUCUUCGAGGACUUUGCUCGUCUUCGUCUCAACGAACCAGAGUAAAACGAAAAUACAACAACAACAACAAACAAAAAAAAAAAUGGAAAAAAUCUAUUUAAAAAAAAACAAAAAAAAAACAUAACACGAAGAUAAUUUCUAGGUGAGGUGUGCACGUUCAACCAGAAGUGUAAACGCUUCCAAUGUCCCGAGCUUUCUUUCUUUUAGACACAGAAAUAUGAUCCUUCGCAAAUUUCUAUUCAAAAGACAUAGAACAAACGCUAGACAAUUUACUUUCAAUUCGAUCUUCAAUCUAUUAUUACCACCACUAUCAAUGUUACUACUUACUGUAAACUAAGCAUGCGAAUAAAAUGACAAAAAAAAAACAA